AUGAUACCUAGCAUUGUUGAAAGAAAAAUCAAUGGCGUAAGUCAUUUUUGAAAUAGAUAUAAAUUUUAAAAUCUUGUAAAUGAAUGAAAACCUUAAGCCACUUUAUUCAAAGCAGGUGUAGAAAGCACAAGAAGUAAAUCACUCACAUGGAGGAAGCGCUUAGAUAUUAUUGUUGGGAUUGCUCAAGGAGUUCUUUAUCUACAUCGAGAUUCAAGAUUGAGAGUUAUUCAUAGGGAUCUCAAAACUAGCAAUGUCUUAUUGGAUUGUGAGAUGAAUCCUAAAGUUUCAGAUUUUGGCCUAGCUAGGGCCUUUGGAGGAGAUCAAUCAUCCGCAAAGACAAGAAGGGUGGUUGGAACUUACGGUUACAUGUCACCAGAAUAUGCAAUUGACGGCCGCUUUUCAAUUAAAUCUGAUGUCUUUAGUUUUGGAGUCAUGGUCUUAGAAAUAUUGAGUGGUAAAAGCAAUAGGCGGUUCCAUCAUCCAGACCAUUAUUUUAACCUUCUUGGACAUGCGUGGACACUUUGGACUGAAGGAAAGGCAUGUGAGCUAUUAGAUCCACUGGUAGACGGUUCAUUUCCAAUGUCAGAGGUAUUAAGGUGCAUACAGAUUGGUCUUCUUUGCGUGCAAAAAUAUCCUGAAGACAGGCCAACUAUGUCAACUGUGCUUUUAAUGUUGAUUUCUGAGACUAUAUUGUUGUCCCAACCAAAAGAACCUGGUUUUUAUAUAGAGAGAAAAACUAGUGAUGCAAAUUAUAUGUUAGCUCAGAGUAAUGAGAUGACUAUAUCACAACUAGAGGCUCGAUAAAGCUGUUAGAAAAUUUUAGUUGUGAAUAUAUACUACAAUCAGUACUACCAAUGUAAACAAAUCACUACUACAAAACAAAUGAAUAAAAUAGUCAAAUAGGAAAAUUUGUCAAUUGAAAAUAAAGUAGAAGAUUUGGCUUGUGAUUAUGUGAACUGUGAAAUCAUUGCCCUAAAGAUGUAAUUGUUGUUCACAUGGUUGGUGAAACAAAGAAAGAAAAAGAAGUGUCCCUUACAGCUUCUCUAUGAUUCAACACAAAAUCAUGAAUUCUAUCCUUCACAAUCUCAUAAAAUACCGCCCGUCGAUGCCUAACGGCACUGAAUAACCCUUCAACGCCAAGUAUUUUCCUUGUUGGAAAAUGACGAGUAAACCAAUC